AUGGCACCUUCUGCAGGGCACCUGUUACUUCCCAAGAUUUGGAGAGUAGCAAGAUUUGCAUAUGAAAGGGCCUCAAAAGCCAUACUUUCAAAAUUACCCGAGCCUAUAAGUUACAACACACUGCGAUAUCAACCGAUCUAUGCUCGUAUCAACCCUCGUCAGCCAAUCAGUCGUGCCGCUGCCAUUCGUCAGAGCCGUAGUCGCCACUUCUCGACUCGUGCUGCCGGUGCCUUUACUUCUGCGAGUCGAUUAGGACCUGGGGCAGAUGCCAUUUCUCGCAACGCAUCUCGUAUUGCAUCUAACAUCGGUCGUUUGGGCAGCCGCGCGCCUUUCGCUUCUACCCUUCGUCCAAAUUUGACCGGUGGGACCCUCGGCCGAACUGCAGGAGGAUACGCUAUUGGUGCUGGCCGUUUCGGUGGAGCUCGAUAUUUCUCACAUGGGUCUGUAGCGCCAGCACAAGUCAUCCAGAAUGUGUCCCAAGGGAUCCGUGCUUUCUUUUUAUCGGGGCAGAAAGUGCGAUUCGACGGUGUCGAUCCUCGCACCGGAGAGAAGCGGUACAAGGCCGUCAGCACGCUGCAGGACCAAGCCGAGCGGGAAAUGAAUGUCAAGCCCCACAGUGCACCCGGCUCAUACAUUGAGUUCCAUGUCUCUCCGACCAUUACUGCACUCGGUGCUAUUGGUAGUUUCGCCAAGCAGGACGGCUCCGCCUCGUGCAUGACUCUGAACUCCGAGGGUCUCAUGGAUCUGCUUUCUGCCGACUUUGCUCGUGCGCUGAAGGAUUUUUCUGCGGUCAUGAACGAUCUCAAGCGGCUCUCAUCUCUCGGCGAUCUUCCGAUCUUACUACACAACCGAUCAACCAUACGGGUGCGUUUUCCAGGGUGUGAUGCAGAAACCGUGGAGCGGCUGUGUAUUGAAGCCGGGAUCCAGCGAGGCCGAAUCAUACAAGACGAGGGAUUUGACCUUUACACUGGUGUCGAUUUGGCUCUCCUGUUUCCUUUCGCCCCAAGCAUUGGCUCUUCCUCUAUCGAUUGUUACUUUGAAAAGGUCUCCGGGUCCCAAGCUCAAUAUCCAGCGCAUGUUGACUGGCAAGGUAUGAUGACCCCAGAGGGCUAUGUACCGACCUCACCGGUUGCCAGUCGGGAUUCGGGCAACGCCAUCAGUUUUGAGGAUAGUGAGAUAUUUGGAAUCAAUCCAUGGAGAUCCUCGGCCAAGAGUUAUUCCAGUAUUAACGUCAGUGAGCUUGGAGACCAGGCUUUUUUCCCGGAAUAUUCCAGCGCUGGUCAACCCGAGAGCACCUCCGCGUAUGAAGGCGUCGAGGGCAUUUAUAAGUUUUUGGCAGAAUGUGAUCAUGCCAGGCGUUAA